UGUGCUGUGUGAUCACAUUGCCAGAAGCUGAGGAUCCCUCUCCCCAGUAACUGUGACAACGUGCGGUCAGAUCCCCGUGUGACAACUGCAUGAUCCAGCGUCGGCUGCUCACUACCAUCUGCAGGAUGACGGAAGAGGCCAAGAGGCUGGCGGGAUGUGCUGCUGUGGACAAUCAUGUUAAGUUGAAUCGGAGUGCAUUCAAAGCGGUGUUGGCAUAUAAAAUGCCACCAUUACAUAAGCCCAAUGCAGAUAAAGGAAAAAUUACAACUCACUCCAUAAGUAAUUUUCAAGGGUUUGUUUUAUUUAUAUUAUAUAAUCUUAUGUUUAUAACUGCUGUCUGUACACGGGUGACGUUGUUAACUUUUUUUUAUAUUUUAGCUGAAAGGGUGAAGAAUGAGAACCUGCAUGUGUUCUGUGUUCCGACAUCUUUCCAGGCACGUCAGCUGAUCCUUCAGAAUGGAUUAACCCUGACAGAUCUGGAGAGACACCCAGAGCUUGAUGUCGCUAUUGAUGGUGCUGAUGAAGUUGAUUCAGUUCUCAACCUCAUUAAAGGUGGAGGGGGAUGUUUGGCACAGGAAAAAAUAGUCGCUGGUUGUGCAAAGUCCUUCAUUGUUAUUGCAGAUUACAGGAAAGACUCAAAGAAUUUUGGUGACCAGUGGAAGAAGGGUAUUCCCAUAGAGGUCCUUCCGAUGGCUUACGUUCCCGUGACCAAAGCAAUAGAACAGAAGUUUGGUGGUGUGGUGGAGUUGAGGAUGGCUGUCAGUAAGGCUGGUCCUGUGGUUACGGAUAAUGGGAAUUUUUUACUAGACUGGAAGUUUGACCGAGUUCAUGAUUGGAAUACAGUUAAUAUAGCCAUCAAGAUGAUUCCAGGUGUGGUGGACACUGGGCUCUUCAUCAACAUGGCUGAACGGGUCUACUUUGGCAUGGAGGAUGGUACAGUGUCCGUCCGUGACAAGCCUGUGCAUUAACUCCACAACAGUUGUGCCUUCUUCCACUAAUCUGUCCGUGCCAAUCAGAUCUAUAUAUAUUUUCUUUUC